AUGACCAAACUAGUUGUAGAAGUUCAUGAUGCAUGUGACCUUAUGCCCAAAGAUGGCCAUGGUUCAGCCAGUCCUUUUGUAGAAGUUGAGUUUGAUGAACAAAGACAGAGAACUCAAACCAAGCCUAAAGAACUUAACCCUGUUUGGAAUGAAAAGUUAGUUUUCAAUGUAAACAAUCCUAGAGAUCUUCCCAACAAGACCAUUGAAGUUGUUGUGUACAACGAUCGACAAGGCGGUCACCUCAAGAACUUUCUGGGCCGUGUUAGAAUCUCUGGAAUUUCUGUGCCUUUAUUAUCUGACUCGGAGGCCAUUGAGCUCCAGAGAUACCCUCUUGAUAAACGGGGCCCUUUUUCGCACAUCAAGGGUGAUAUAGCACUCAAGAUUUAUGCAGUCCAUGAUGGUAGCUACUAUCCUCCUCCUACUCCAACAAAUGCUGGCAAUUUUGAGACUGAAGCAACUCCAGUUUUUAAAGAAAUCAACACCAACAAGCUUCAAGAAGAAGAUGUCAUUGAUGAUCAUGAGAAGAAAAAGAAGAAGAAGAGGGAUAAAGAAGUCAGGACUUUUCACUCUAUAGGGACGGCAACUGGUGGUUAUGCUGCUGCUGCCGCUCCACCUCCUGCGUCUUCCGGGUCCGGAGUUGAAACUCACGUUAUGAAAGAAAAAGCUCCUACAGUUGAGACAAGGACUGAUUUUGCUCGAGCUGGGCCGCCUACUGUAAUGCAAAUGCAAUUGCCUAAGCAGAAUCCGGAAUUCUUGUUGGUAGAGACCAGUCCACCGCUGGCCGCACGUAUGCGAUACAGAGGAGGGGACAAGAUGGCAUGUACUUAUGAUUUGGUGGAGCAGAUGCACUACUUGUAUGUGAGUGUUGUUAAGGCCAGAGAUCUUCCAGUUAUGGAUGUUUCUGGGAGCCUUGAUCCAUAUGUUGAAGUCAAGCUUGGGAACUAUAAAGGAAGGACUAAAUACUUGGAGAAGAACCAAAACCCGGUGUGGAAGCAAAUUUUUGCGUUCUCGAAGGAAAGAUUGCAGUCCAAUUUACUUGAAGUUACUGUGAAGGAUAAGGAUUUUGCCAAGGAUGAUUUUGUGGGCAGAGUAUUUUUUGAUCUAUCAGAAGUCCCUCUUCGGGUGCCACCGGAUAGUCCGCUGGCUCCUCAGUGGUACAGAUUGGAGGACAAGAAGGGGUUCAAGACCAAAGGAGAGAUUAUGCUUGCAGUUUGGAUGGGAACACAGGCUGAUGAAUCAUUUCCUGAGGCAUGGCAUAGUGAUGCUCAUGACAUUAGUCAGGUAAACCUUGCCAACACACGAUCCAAGGUAUACUUUUCACCGAAGCUGUAUUACCUUCGAGUUCAAGUCAUUGAAGCUCAAGAUCUUGUCCCCUCCGAUAAGAGCCGCAUGCCGGAGGCGUAUGUAAAAGUUCUACUUGGUAAUCAGGGAAGGGUAACCAAGGGUCCACAUAUGCGAACCAUCAAUCCAAUUUGGAAUGAUGAGCUUAUGUUUGUUGCAUCUGAGCCUUUUGAGGAUUUAAUAAUCGUGUCUGUUGAGGACCGGUUGGGCAAGGAUGAGAUAUUGGGAAGGGUGAUUUUAUCGGUUAGGGAUGUCCCAACAAGACUUGAGACUCAUAAGCUCCCAGAUCCUCGCUGGUUUAAUCUCCUUAGGCCUUCGUUGGCAGAAGAGAGUGAGAAGAGGAAAGAAAGGUUCUCAAGCAAGAUCCUUCUCCGUAUCUGUUUGGAGGCAGGAUAUCAUGUCCUUGAUGAGUCUACGCAUUUUAGCAGCGAUCUGCAGCCAUCAUCCAAGUUCCUGAGGAAGCAAAAUAUUGGAAUCCUUGAAGUUGGGAUUCUCAGUGCACGAAAUUUGCUGCCAAUGAAGGGGAAGGAUGGUAGGACUACUGAUGCAUAUUGUGUGGCAAAGUAUGGCAACAAAUGGAUUCGAACCAGAACAAUUCUUGAUACUCUGACUCCGCGUUGGAACGAACAGUAUACCUGGGAUGUGUUUGAUUCUUGCACUGUGAUCACCAUCGGUGUCUUUGACAAUUGCCAUAUUAACGGAAGCAAAGAUGGUGGAGAAGAUCAGAGAAUUGGGAAGGUAAGGAUUCGGCUAUCAACAUUAGAAACUGAUCGAAUAUACACACAUUACUAUCCACUGCUAGUUCUUACCCCCUCUGGAUUAAGGAAGCAUGGGGAACUUCACUUGGCUUUGAGGUUUACGUGCACAGCUUUUGUUAAUAUGAUGGCACAAUAUGGCAAGCCAUUGCUUCCGAAAAUGCAUUAUGUCCAACCAAUUUCUGUUAGGUACAUUGAUUGGCUUCGCCACCAGGCGAUGCAAAUAGUGGCCGCAAGGCUAUCAAGAGCUGAGCCACCGCUUAGGCGUGAAACUGUGGAGUACAUGUUGGAUGUGGAUUCCCAUAUGUGGAGUUUAAGGAGAAGCAAAGCUAAUUUUCAUCGCAUAAUGUCACUGCUUUCAGGAAUCACGGCUAUCUGUAAAUGGUUUAAUGACAUUUGCCACUGGAGGAAUCCCAUAACAACAUGUCUCGUGCACGUGUUGUUCUUCAUUCUGGUUUGUUAUCCAGAGUUGAUUCUGCCCACAAUUUUCCUCUAUCUGUUUGUGAUUGGGUUGUGGAACUAUCGGUUCAGGCCAAGGCACCCGCCUCACAUGGAUACUAGGCUUUCGCAGGCAGACAGUGCGCAUCCAGACGAACUUGAUGAGGAAUUUGAUAAAUUCCCAACAACCCGGCCAACAGAUAUUGUGAGGAUGAGAUAUGAUAGGCUGAGAAGUGUUGCAGGUAGAGUGCAGACAGUGGUUGGAGAUUUGGCAAGCCAAGGGGAAAGAGCUCAGGCGCUACUAAGUUGGAGGGAUCCAAGGGCUACGGCAAUCUUCAUCCUCCUGUCAUUAAUCUGGGCUGUGUUUAUUUAUGUCACUCCAUUCCAGGUAGUGGCAGUGGUGGUUGGACUCUACUUGCUUCGACAUCCCAGGUUCAGGAGCAAGAUGCCCUCUGUGCCAGUCAACUUCUUCAAGAGAUUACCGUCCAAAUCGGAUAUGUUACUAUGA